UUACUGUCUUUGUACAGUCGUCAGGCAACAGCGAGAACUGGACGAAGACAUCGGCACCGGGCAAUACUCAUAGUUUGGAUUAAAGGCUCUAUUUUGAGGCUACGGCAAUAGAAAAUGACGGAGUCUUUUGUGAUCAAACUUAUUUGCGACAAUCGUGGGGCGAUGGAUUACGGAGAUCUAGUCGACAUUGGUUCUGGGCUUCUGGACGUAGAAGGCGUCAUUGACACGGUCAGACGAAACGAUAAUUUUUCCGUUGUUACAGUGAAUGGAAACAAACGAGUUGUCGUUAAGACUCAAGUAAGACUGUGUAAAGCCAGAGACUGCACUGACUGCCACAAUUUGCACCUCUGCAAAUUCUACCUUUAUGGAGACUGUAAGAGAAGCAUGUGGGGGCGAGAGUGCCGCUUUUGCCAUGACAUGAACUCGGAGCACAACGCUCGAGUCCUGCGAGACAACAGUCUGCAGGAACUGGACAGGAACCAACUCUGUACCCUGCUGCUUCAGAACGACAGCACCCUCUUACCACAGAUGUGCUUCGCGUACAACAAAGGCGGUGGGGCGUACGGAAACUGCCCUGACCAGGAGAGGUGCUGGAGGCUGCACAUCUGUGACCGCUACCUCAGAGGAGCCUGUCAGGCCGGGGCCAACUGCCGCAGGUCACAUGACUUCUUCCAGCCCCACCCACAGAAAACCCUGCAGGAGAGAGGCCUGCCCAGCCAGCUGAUUGGCUCCAUGCUGUCCGUCUACCAGAACAUCCAGGCCUUGAAGAACAGUGACAGUGGCCCGACAGAAAAGACGGAGAUCUGCCUUUAUUUUGUCAAGGGCAGCUGCACACAAGGAGACGGAUGCUGGAGAGACCACUCCACCAUGCCAUAUAAAUGGGAGGUGAGAAAUGGAGACAGCUGGACGGCUCUCCCAGACAACGAAGAGAUCGAGAGAGACUUCUGCGACCCCAGCAAUGUGUACAGCCGAGGAGUCCAGCCCGUUUAUUUUGACACCAUGACCCGCGGGCCAACCCAGGUCCGGCGUCUCUCCACGGUCUCCUCUGUGGUUCAGCCCAACUUCAUCCUCACCACCACCUGGGCCUGGUUCUGGCAGGAUGAGCACAACAAUUGGAUCCAGUACUCCUCAGUGGAAGGGCAGCACGGACUCUCCUCCAUCACGAGUGAGGACCUGGAGAGGAAGUACCAGGAGGACAGCCGUGCUGUGAUGGAGUUCACGGCGGGGUCGCAGACCUACAAGUUCAGUUUCCCAGAGAUGAUUCAGACAAACGAACAAUUCGGCACCAAACGGCAGGUGAGGAGACGACCUGUGUUUGUCUCCACAGUGGAUGCUCAGAGAGCCAGGACCAAGUUAUUUCCGGGUUUCAGCAGAAACAACAGCUCAGGUAAUGACUUCAAAGCGGUGCCGGGAUACUGGGACAAAUCCAUGUUGCCGGACACUGGAUACAAGACGAUCCCUCUGCAGGAAUCCUCAGAAGAAUACCAGAAGAUCCUGGUUCUUUUCCAGAAGACGAUGGGGGGACAUAGCAUACACAGUGUCGAGAGGGUCCAGAACCGGGCAUUGUGGGAAGCCUUUCAGUGGCAGCAGGAUCUGAUGAGGAAAAAAGACCCCAGGAGAAAUGUCAAUGAGAGACUGCUGUUCCACGGCACCGACUCCUUCCACGUCGACGCCAUCUGCCAGCAGAACUUUGGGAAAGGGAGUUACUUUGCUCGAGACGCGAGGUACUCGCACAGCUACACCGGCGCCUCGGGAGUGAGGACCAUGUUUGUGUGCCGGGUGUUGGUCGGCUGCUACACGAGAGGAGACUCCAGCUACCUCCGCCCCCCUUCCAAAGACGGCGGAAACUCCAUGUUCUACGACAGCUGCGUGGACAACAUACACAACCCCUCCAUUUUUAUUGUUUUCGAAAAGCACCAGAUUUACCCCGAGUACAUCCUGAAGUACGAUGAAGAUAUGUGGCUUUCCUCCAUGGGAGCCAUGGGAACUGUGUCAUCCAUGACCCAAAAUCCCAAAGCCCAACGCCAAGUCUUUGCCAGCUCUGUGACCCCAAAACCUGUACCAGCUCCGCCCCCAGUCUCUGCCAGCUCUGUGACCCCAAAACCUGUACAAGCUCCGCCCCCAGUCUCUGCCAGCUCUGUGACCUCAAAACCUCUACAAGCUCCGCCCCCAGUCUCUGCCAGCUCUGAGACCCCACAACCUGGACAAGCUCCGCCCCCAGUCUCUGCCAGCUCUGUGACCCCAAAACCUGUACCAGCCCCACGCCUAGUCUCUGCCAGCUCUGUGACCCCAAAACCUGUACAAGCUCCGUACCCAGUCUCUGCCAGCUCUGAGACCCCACAACCUGGACAAGCUCCGCCCCCAGUCUCUGCCAGCUCUGUGACCCCAAAACCUGUACAAGCUCCGCCCCCAGUCUCUGCCAGCUCUGUGACCCCAAAACUUGUACAAGCUCCGCCCCCAUUCUCUGCCAGCUCUGUGACCCCAAAACGUGGACAAGCUCCGCCCCCAGUCUCUGCCAGCUCUCUGUACCCAAAACCUGUACAAGCUCCGCCCCCAGUCUCUGCCAGCUCUGUGACCCCAAAACCUCUACAAGCUCCGCCCCCAGUCUCUGCCAGCUCUCAGUACCCAAAACCUGUACAAGCUUCGCCCCCAGUCUCUGCCAGCUCUGUGACCCCAAAACCUGUACCAGCCCCACGCCUAGUCUCUGCCAGCUCUGUGACCCCAAAACUUGUACAAGCUCCGCCCCCAGUCUCUGCCAGCUCUGUGACCCCAAAACCUCUACAAGCUCCGCCCCCAGUCUCUGCCAGCUCUCAGUACCCAAAACCUGUACAAGCUCCGCCCCCAGUCUCUGCCAGCUCUGUGACCCCAAAACCUGUACAAGCUCCGUCCCCAGUCUCUGCCAGCUCUCCGUUCCCAACACCUGCACCAGCUCUGCCCCCAGUCUCUGCCAGCUCUGUGACCCCAAAACCUCUACAAGCUCCGCCCCCAGUCUCUGCCAGCUCUGUGACCCCAAAACCUGUACAAGCUCCGCCCCCAGUCUCUGCCAGCUCUGUGACCCCAAAACCUGUACCAGCCCCACGCCUAGUCUCUGCCAGCUCUGUGACCCCAAAACCUGUACAAGCUCCGCCCCCAGUCUCUGCCAGCUCUGUGACCCCAAAACCUGUACAAGCUCUGCCCCCAGUCUCUGCCAGCUCUGUGACCCCAAAACCUGUACAAGCUCCGCCCCCAGUCUCUGCCAGCUCUGUGACCCCAAAACCUGUACAAGCUCUGCCCCCAGUCUCUGCCAGCUCUGUGACCCCAAAACCUCUAAAAGUUCCGCCCCCAGUCAGGCCCCGCUCUGUGACAUUAAAACCAACACAAGCUCCGCCCCCAGUCAGGCCCCGCUCUGUGACCUCCAGAGUAAAAGAUCUGGGAGAAAUGUUUGACCCAUCCUGGGGCCAGUCCUCAGAUAGCACAGGGACGGCCAGCUCCCCUUCUGACUCUUCCGACGGCACAUAUUCCCAGACCCCAACCAGCACAUCUCUGCCCACAUCGUUCCCUGGAGACGGGUAUUCACCGAGCGCAGCGACAGGAACGUCUUCUCAGAGUGGUUCCACCAGCGCUAUGGAUGGGUCCCGAAAUGAGGACGGCAGCCUCAGUGCCUUCAUCUGUAGAAGCGGGCUCGACCCGAAGUAACUGCAAAGAUCUGUGGGAUCUCCUACUUCAGUGAUGAAUGGCUCUCUUUUAAUUUUCAUGUGAAUACGACACCCCUUUUCCAUGCAAAAGCCAGAAUAUACACGGGAUAUUUAACACGAGAUAGACCCGCAUUUUGACCCGUUCUCGAUGCUCCCGGGAAAGUCCCUGGUCUUUGUUUCACACCAGGCUUGUGACUUUCCCGGGUCACCAAGUUUACUUUUGUUGGUCUGCAGGUUGCUGCUGAACAAGGCUGUCCCCAAUGUCAUUAAAGAACCAGACCUUAUGUUCCCACAAACUGAUCCGAAGGCCAUAUCAUUUGUGGAUGUUCGCGGACAGUUUUGUUUUUGUUUAUUUUGAAGAUUCUGGCUGAGGGUGUUUGGUCAGGCAAUCUUAUAUUUUGGACGAUUUGUUCUCUUUAUUCUGUCACCCAAUGUAAGCUUAAUGCUCUUUUACAGUUUACAAUCAGGUUCAAGCGUCUUUUUUUCUUGCAUUUCAUUUUUUUCCCAUUUUUGUUGUUGCAAUUUUAUUUUGAAAAUACCCUUUUUGCUAAAACGUGUUAACUCGUCUUCCCAUAAACCCUAUUUUAUUACCAAAAGUAAAGGGGAAUGAAAAACCUUUUUUAAAUUUUUUUUAUUACAUAUACUAGCAGAAAUAUGCAGAAAUUCAAAUUAUUUGCAAAUAUAAAUGAAUGGAAUUACUAAUAAAAUAAUUCCAAAGAAUUUCAUUCAUAGCACAAAUUACCUUUAUUUGCAAAUAUUCAGUCAGCAAAUUUAUGAAUGGUAUUAUCUGUCAUCAGACGUAAGCAAGCUUCUAAGCGAAGGUUCAUAUUCACCAUUUUCGCCUGAACUAAACAUUUGGGGUGUAAUUUGUUGAAAAAAUAAAUAAACAACGAAUGAAUGGCGCGAAUCAAAAGAAAUGCCGCUGAGAGCAUUGACUACUGUAGGAAAACUACGAAACAGGCGCCCCUUGAAAUGCCUGAGCCAUAGCCACCUCUGCCAGACGUACGAGUCGACGAGUAGACUCGUUUCAUGCUUAGAAAGGCUCAACAACACCCUCGUCAACAAAACUCGUCUGUAGCUGGUUUUUGAAGGUUAUGUUUUAGACGUGUUUUAGAGAUGUCAGCCAGGUAACCUCACUGCCAAUAUAGAGGGAGUCCUUCUGUUGUCCCGGAAGUUGUUUACCAAAGCAGAAUGACAUUGACCUUAAGAUUAAGCCCGAUGUUGCGUUUCGCAUUAUUUUUAACUCAACCAUGCAAAGAGAAACCAGCGAAAUGUUACAUUCUUACGUUUGCUUGCGGUUUUUAAAGAAAAGUAGGCAAUCGUACCAGUCAAGUCAAAUGAAGAGAGUAUAUAUGUGUAAAUAUUUCCUAUAAAGCAAUAAUUAUACAGGCUAAUAGACGGUUGAUCAGUGUAAGGUAGAACUUCUCGGAAAGCUCCUGGAAGUGGAACAUUCGGUCCCAAAAAUACAGAGGACUCUACCGAGCGGCGUUUAGCAGCUUUGAUUUUCAAUUCAAUCCAAUCCAGCCGUUGAGUCCGUGACCAUCGAUAUCCGGACCAGAGGGCCGCCGGGAACAUCGCACUCUCGCGCUGCCUCAAACCCAGGUUGGAAGCGCAUCUUGGACUGUGUGGCCGACCACGGAAGUUCGUUUUUUCUGUCUUACUGUCAAAGCACUCUGAGCUCUUCCAUUGUAUGAAAAGUGGUUUGUAAAUAAAGAUUAUUAUUAUUAUUAUUAA